AUGACAACAACCAUUACCCAGUGGAAUGACUGCUCGGACCCUGCAGGUCGGGCGAAACCGAACCUCGAGCGGCCGGUCCGAAAUCCGGAGACCCCCAGCGGAGAAGCUGCCAGGAGGCCCCCAACCGCCCGGGCCCCGCUGCAAUCCGCGCUCGCCGGGGCCGGCAGCCCCCCCGGCCAGGCGCGCGCCCCAAGCACAGCCCCGCCGAAAGGCCCUCCCCGCUGCCCGGCGAUGGCCCCCUCUCCCCCGGCCCCAUCAGGGCCCGUGAUCCCUCGGCCACCAGAUCCCCCUGGACCCACCCCGACGUGGGAUGGGGGGAGUGCCCACGUGGGCAGCAAAACAGAGGCCAGCGGCCCCGGGAGGGGACCCGCCAAGCAUCCUCCGCCCACCGCACCAAUCUCGGGCCUCCGUCCGCAGCCGGACUUGGCUCCCUUCCCACGAAACCCGGGCGUCCGGCCAGCUCCCCACCCCCAUGCUCUAACCGAGAUGAGAAGCCAGCAGCCCGAGCCGCCCCAGCCCCACCUCUCAGAUGUCCUCCUGCCGCAUGACGGCAACGCGGACCGGGAUCCCCCCCCCCCGGCCUGGAAGCCCCUCGGGGCGGAGUCUCAACCAGAGGCCGAAGGCAGCGCGGAGAGCAAACAGGCCCCUUCGAGGGCGCGAACACAACACCCCCGCGAGGUCGGGCCGGCGAGGGGAGGACGGGCGCUGGGAGGGCGCUGCAGGGAAGAGGCGCCGCCCGCCCCCUCCCUCCCCGGUUGGCAGGAGGGGGAGAUCUCCCAGCCGGCCCCGCCCUCUGGGAAAACCGUGGGCCUUUGUCUGCCGAGCGAGACGGCGGAGAGGCAGAAGCCCCCUCCCCACGGCGGCCGCAGCCGGCCUCCCGCCCUUCAUCCCGGCCGCCGCGCGCUUACCUUCGCUCCCCGCAGCUGGUGGAGCGGCGGCGGCGGCGGCAGGAGAGGCGGGAGAAGCCCGCAGCCGAGCGGGGCCGGCCAGCCCCUUCCCUCCGCCCCUCUGGGCAGGGCAGGGCAGGAGGCGCCGGGCGGACCCCGCGGCGCCGGGCGAGGAAGAGGAGGCGCCGCCGCGACCCGCCCGCGCCUGGCCUGGCCGCUGCGGCAGCCGCCGCGCACAAGUUUCCGGAAGGUUUUCAAAGUUAUACUGGGGUGUGAUCCAGGGAAGAAGCAGCGUGGCCAGAUCACGCAAGAAAUGAAGCGGUGA